CAUCGGAGAUCACCUCCUCUCGCAGACUUGCAGGUGCUUUGUCAGGCGAAGGCCUUUUCUGCCCAAUCAGUUUCUCUCAGCUCUGUAACUACCAGUUGUUUGGAUUUCUUUUUCUUUAACAAUGGUGGUUCUUGCGGCUUCUAUCACAACAAAGUCUGGAAAGGCACUUGUUUCAAGGCAAUUUGUGGACAUGUCACGAAUAAGAAUUGAAGGGUUACUUGCUGCAUUUCCCAAGUUGAUUGGAACAGGAAAGCAGCACACAUAUGUGGAAGCUGAUAAUGUGCGUUAUGUAUACCAGCCGAUAGAAGCUUUAUAUUUGUUGCUAGUAACAAACAAGCAGAGCAACAUUCUUGAAGAUCUGGAUACACUGCGAUUGUUGUCCAAACUUGUACCUGAAUAUUCACCCUCUCUAGAUGAAGACUGCAUCUGUAAGGCUGCUUUUGAGCUUAUUUUUGCUUUUGAUGAAGCCAUCUCUCUUGGGCACAAGGAAGGAGUGACAGUGGCACAAGUUAAGCAAUACUGCGAGAUGGAGAGUCAUGAAGAGAGACUGCAUAAGCUUGUCAUGCAAAGCAAGAUCAAUGAAACUAAGGAUGUUAUGAAACGAAAAGCUAGUGAAAUUGACAAAAGCAAGAUUGAGAAGAAUAGGGGUGAGAAGGGUGGCUUUAUGUCUAUGUCAGGUUCCCGAAGAACUGAGAGUGGUGGCUUUGGUGGUAUGGGCAGUGGUAUGGGUAUCUCUAGCAGUGGAAGUGGUUUUGGAAGUGGCUCUGGAUUUGGAUUAAACACUGAUGCGGAUUCAUUCCCCACCAAGUCUAAAGGUCGUCCACCGGCAGCUGCCAAUGCUCCCCCUAAAGGUCUCGGCAUGCAACUUGGGAAAACACAGAGAACGAACCAGUUUUUGGAAUCAUUAAAGGCUGAAGGAGAAGUGAUUAUCGAGGAUGUGAAACCAAGCGCUGUUCAAUCAAAGACUCCUCUUCCACCCACUGAUCCUAUCACAUUGACUAUUGAAGAGAGGCUUAAUGUGAUAACAAAGAGAGAUGGAGGGCUUAGUAGUUUUGAUGUCCAAGGGACCCUUUCACUACAAAUUCUUAACCAAGAUGAUGGUUUCAUCCGGUUCCAGAUCGAAAGCAGAGAUUUACCUGGACUUAGCUUCAAAACUCAUCCUAACAUCAACAAAGAGCUCUUUAACAAGCAACAGAUUAUAGGCUUGAAAGAUCCAAAUAGGCCCUUCCCUACUGGUCAAAAUGAUGUUGGUCUUAUGAAGUGGAGAAUUCAGGGCAUGGAUGAGUCCUCUUUGCCAUUGACUGUUAACUGCUGGCCCUCUGUCUCUGGGAAUGAGACUUUUGUUAACAUUGAGUAUGAGGCGUCAGACAUGUUUGAUAUCCAAAAUGUUGUGAUAUCAAUUCCUCUCCCCGCACUUCGGGAGCCACCUAGUGUAAGGCAGAUUGAUGGAGAAUGGAGAUAUGACUCUAGAAAUUCCAUAUUGGAGUGGUCAAUCCUUCUCAUUGAUAACUCAAACCGCAGUGGAUCAAUGGAGUUUGUCGUUCCUCCAGCAGAUUCAUCGGUUUUCUUUCCUAUUUCUAUCAAAUUUACAGCUGCAGAAACAUUCAGUGAUGUGAAGGUUAGCAGUGUUAUGCCUCUCCAAGGUGGUGGUCCUCCAAAAUACUCUCAGAGGGUGCAACUGAUUGCAGAUAACUACCAAGUUGUUUGACUUGUAUUGCCCUUCAUGAUUCAGAGUCACAUACCAGUUUCGUCAUCCCUCGGGUUACAUAAUACAAUUACAAGCCCUUUGUUGUGAUCUUUUAUUCUGUGUGUCGUUGCCGAUGCCAAUUCAUAAUAGGACUAGAAGUUUGGAACAAGCUUGUUCUUUCUCUGCAUUUCUCUUUGUCAAUUUGUUUAGGAAUCAGAUGUCUGGAUGUUGUGCAAGAUAUUUUCUUGUUUCCUUUUAGGCGAGAUCCGAAAUAUUCUGAUGAUUAUAUAACUUUUCUAAUGUAUGUCCUAUUUUGAGUAUUAAUUUUUUUA